ACGGUCUUUCUCCAUCCUGGCUUCUAGCUUUUUUGGCGGAGCACGGCGCGUAAGAGAUCCGGCGCAGGGUUCAUGAUGCGCAUGGAGGGCUCGCGCUGGUGGCGACGGGGUUCCAGCGCACUGAUGUUCAGCUCCUCGCGGCUAGACUCCGCUUUCGCGAGACCGGCACACGCCGCGGAAGUCGUCAAUGGUUCCCUGCACUUGUUCCACGACGUCGCCACCGCGACGGAAACCACAGCCAUGUCGAACGACUCGUGCGGCGAACAGCUGCUCGACUUCACGACGGCGGAGAAGCUCAUCAUCGGAGUGAUGCUGGCCGUCAUCACCGCGCUGACGGUGAUCGGUAACAUGUUGGUGGUCAUUGCGGUUUGCGUUGUGAAGAAGCUGAGACAGCCGUCCAACUAUUUGCUGGUGUCUCUAGCCGUAGCGGACCUCUCCGUGGCUGUCGUGGUGAUGCCCUUCGUGAUAGUGACCGACCUCACCGGAGGAAAGUGGCUGUUCGGGGAAGUCUUCUGCAACAUCUUUAUCGGCAUGGAUGUUAUGUGCUGUACCGCGUCAAUAAUGACCUUAUGCGUAAUAAGCGUGGACAGGUACCUGGGCAUCACGCGCCCUCUGACCUACCCGGCACGGCAGAACGGGCAGCUGAUGGCGAAGAUGAUCGUGGGCGUGUGGCUGGUGUCUGCAUCCAUCACGCUGCCGCCGUUCUGCGGCUGGGCGAAGAACGUGAAUGCGGAGGGCGUGUGUCUGAUCAGCCAGGACUUCAGCUACACCAUCUACUCCACAGCGGUGGCCUUCUACAUCCCCAUGCUCGUCAUGCUCAUCAUGUACUACAAGAUCUUCAAGGCCGCGCGCAAGAGCGGCGCCAAGCACCGCUUCACGGGCAUCGCCCGGGCGGCGCAGCCGGAGGCGUCACCGGGGGAGGGAGUGAGGAUGCAGGGCCUGAAGGAGGCGCACGGAGCUGGCGUGGCAGAGGAGUGCGUGGCCCUCUCCCGUUUUCUCAGCCCUGACCGGCGCAACAUGUCCAUCUUCAAGCGGGAGCAGAAGGCGGCCACCACGCUGGGGGUGAUCGUGGGCGUCUUCUCCGUCUGCUGGCUGCCGUUCUUCCUCCUGACGACGGCGCGGCCGUUCGUGUGCGGCGUGAAGUGCAGCUGCGUCCCGCUCUGGGUGGAGAGGACGCUGCUGUGGUUCGGCUACGCCAACUCGCUCAUGAACCCUUUCAUCUACGCCUUCUUCAACCGCGACCUGCGCUCCACCUACCGUGACCUGUUGCGCUGCCGUUACCGCAACAUCAACCGCAGGCUGUCUGCCGUCGGGGUCCACGAAGCGCUGAAGGUUUAGAGUGUCGGAGGGAUCGGGAAGCUCGGACAGUUUUCCCUGAAAGGAACUCAACCCUUCACAGAUGUUUCGGCUUUGCCCGAGUAUCCAGAUAGGAGUCACAAGGAUUAGCCGCUGUAGGGCUUCUGAUCAAAGCUGAUUACUAUUGGAACCUGUGACUGAGUGUGUGUGCGCGCAUGUAUACCUGUGGAGAUGUGUG